AUGGAAAAAAAUUUACUGGCGAACUUAAAUUUAAUCGUUCGUAGUCGAAAUUUAACGAUUUCUCCGCAAAAAUUACGUCCGGUGGCUAAUUUAAUCCGCAAAAAAGAAGUUAAUUAUUCUUUAAAUACGCUAAGUUUUUUGCCGCAUAAAGGAGCCCGAAUACUCCAUAAAAUUUUGGCCGGAGCAGUUAAGCAAGCCCGCCAAAAAUCCGCCAAAACUUCUUUUUACAUUAAUAAAAUUCAAAUCGACCAAGGAGUUAUUCGCAAAAAAAUAAUGAUUCGGGCCAAAGGAAAUGCGGAUACCUUACGCAAGGCUAGUUCCCAUCUUUUUUUAUGUUUAAGCGCCCAGGAGGAACCCAAUUUAUUGCAGCAAGAUAAAUUAAUUCGUAAUUAUCUCUUUACGCGCUUUCCCGAAAUUACUCAAAUUAAAAUUGAACGCACCGAAGCCGAACUAAUUAUUUUUGCUCACUCUCUUAAUGUGGGUUUGAUUACUGGCGAAAACAACGAUGAUUCCGGUACUAUUUUAGCCGAAAUUGCUAAAAUUAUAAAGGACGAAAAAAUUAUCACUAAGUUAUAUUUAGAAGCCGAAAAUAAAAUUUAUCCCUCGGUGCAAGCCAUCGCUAAUGAUUUAGUCCAGCAAAUACAAAGUCGGGUUGCUUGUAAUUUAGCUCUACGCAAUGUUUUAAUUAAAUUAGGUGGAGAAGUCAAGGGAUUUUAUGUUCUCUUGGAAGGAAGACUAGAUGGAGCGGAAAAUUCCAAACCUAAAAUAGUUAAAAAAGGAAAUAUGCCUUCUAACUCCUUAACUAAAUUGGUUGAAGAGACUAAGUCCGAAGCCAAUACCGCUUAUGGAAAAAUUGGCAUAACGGUUAAAAUUUAUAGAGAAAAAAAUAAGUUAUGGCAAUCUUAA